GAGGAGGGUUGCAGCUAUGGCGGCGGCCAAGAUUGCGGGUGGGGGGCGCUGGGAAGUGGUGAAGAAGGGUCGACGGCCUGGGACCGCUGGCGGAGGCGGCACGCGAGGAGGUGGCGGCGACCGUCGUGCGCUCGGGGAGGCGAACGGGUGGAAAUACGACCUGACCCCACCCAUCCAGACCACCAGCACCCUGUACGAGCGAGGCUUCGAGAAAAUCAUGAAGCGGCAGAAUAAGGAACAAGUUCCUCCACCUGCUGUGGAGCCCAAGAAACCUGUCAACAAGAAACAACCCAAGAAGGCGGCCUCCGUCAGCAGCCAAAACCAGAAGCAAGGCCGCUUCCGCAGCCUGGAGGAGGCCCUGAGAGCCCUGGACGUGGCAGCUCUGCAGAAGGAACUGGACAAGAGCCAGAGCGUGUUCUCCGAGAACCCGUCCGUGUGGCUGAAGGACCUGGCCAGCUAUCUCAACUACAAGCUCCAGGCUCCUCAAAGUGAGCCCACACUGAGCCAGCAUACUCAUGAUUAUCCCUACAGCCUGGUGAGCCGGGAGCUGCGUGGCAUCAUCCGAGGUCUCCUGACAAAGGCAGCGGGAUCCCUGGAGCACUUCUUUGACCAUUGCUUGUUCACCAUGCUGCAGGAACUGGAUAAGACCCCAGGGGAGUCGCUGCAUGGCUACCGCAUCUGUGUCCAGGCCAUUCUGCAAGACAAGCCCAAGAUUGCCACUGCAAACCUGGGCAAGUUCCUGGAACUCCUGCGAUCCCACCAGAACCGACCAGCGAAGUGUCUGACCAUCAUGUGGGCCCUGGGUCAAGCAGGGUUUACCAACCUCACUGAGGGAUUGAAAGUGUGGCUGGGCAUCAUGUUGCCUGUGCUGGGAAUCAAAGCUCUGUCUCCGUUUGCCAUCGCCUACCUGGAUCGGCUGCUCCUGAUGCACCCUAACCUCACCAAGGGCUUUGGUCUGAUCGGCCCCAAGGACUUAUUCCCGCUUCUGGACUUUGCAUAUAUGCCCAACAACUCCCUCACACCCAGCCUGCAGGAACAGCUGUGUCAGCUCUACCCCCGCCUGAAGGUGCUGGCAUUCGGGGCGAAGCCGGAGUCCACCCUCCAUACCUACUUCCCUUCCUUCCUGUCCAGAGCCACCCCUAACUGUCCCCCUGAGAUGAAGAAAGAGCUCCUGCGUAGCUUGACCGAGUGUCUGACUGUGGACCCCCUCAGCAUCAACGUCUGGAGGCAGCUGUACCCUAAGCACCUGUCACAGUCCAGCCUGCUGCUGGAGCACUUGCUCAGGACCUGGGAGCAGAUUCCCAAGAAGGUGCAGAAGUCCUUGCAAGAAAUCAUUCAGUCCUUCAAGCUUACUAACCAGGAGCUGCUGGGCAAGGGCAGCUGCAGCAAUCAGGAUGUCGCCACCUGUGACGCGGCCUGCAAGGGCUUGUUGCAGCAGGCACGGGGCCCUGGGCUGCCAUGGAGGCGGUUGCUGCUGCUGCUGCUGGUCUUUGCCGUAGGUUUCUUCUGCCAUGACUUCCGGUCACACAGCUCUUUCCAGGCCUCCCUUGCUGGUCGGUUGCUGCAGUCUUCUGGUUUCUUGCCUGCUAGCCAACAAGCAUGUGCCAAGCUCUACUCCUACAGCCUGCAGGGCUACAGCUGGCUGGAGGAGACGCUGCCAGCCUGCGGCUCCCACCUGCUGACUGUGGUGCAGCCCAGCUUGCAGCUGGCCUGGGCACACACCAACACCACCGUCAGCUUCCUUUCCGCCCACUGUGCCUCCCUCCUGGCCUGGGGCAGUGACAGCCUCACGAGUCUCUUUGAGAGGCUGCAGAUCCAACUCUCAGAUGCUCUGCCGCAGCUGCUGCAUUUCCUGCGGGAGCUGCUCUUGCUGCUCUACCAGAACGUGCUGCUGCCCUUGUGGCACCUGCUGCUUGAGGCCCUGGCCCGAGUCCAGGAGCACUUCCAUGAGGCGUGCAGAGGUGAGGUGACCUGGGACUGCGUGAAGACACAGCUCAGUGAGGCUACCCACUGGACCUGGCUCUGCCUACAGGACAUUACUGUGGCUUUCUUGGACUGGGCACUUGCCAUGAUAUCCCAGCAAUAGACACAGCCACUGUCACGGGGCAACAAUCUGAAACUGCUGGGAGAUAAGGGGAAGUGGCUCUGCAUGGGCAUCUUUUUUACUUGGUGCCUGAGGUCCAUCUUCCAGACGAGUGACCAGUUAGCUCUGCCCCAAUUCUAUCUUUCAUGGGGACUGGCUCCAGAGCUGCCUCGGCCUCCCACACACAGCUCCCAGCCCCCUUACUAGGGUGGCAAGUUCCCUCAGCUGCCCUCCUUUCUCCUCUUGCCACUUCCCUCCAUCUUGACGUACCCCUAAAAAGUCACACAGCUCACCUCCAGAAAGAUGGAGCUCCCAACCAGCGACAACUCCUACAUUCUUCUUGCACAUGAAUCCUGUGCAAGACAUUAGCAGUCCCCUGUGCCCUUUCUUGAUCACAUCUUUGGCCACAGAAGAAGGAAAGGGACUCGCAGAAGAAUCUAGAAGAGUACAGCAUCAUAGCAAAAGCAGCUUCCCCUCUCGCCGGCCUCUCCACAGCCUCAGGGUGGCCGUCAGCAGACACCAGAACUGGGUGGAAAUCGCCUCUUGCCUCUGAGACUCAACUUAGGCCCCCAAGGCCUUCCAACAUUCACAUCCCUGUGUCCUCUUCGUUUCUCUUCUGCAUUGCCCACUCCACCAUCCAUGGAAAGCAGAGUCCGAGUGCCUGUGUCCCUUGUACCCAGGGCUCUUCAUCAGCCUGAGCCAUGUGAUGGCAUUCAGCAGGUGGCCACUGGGUGUGCCUGCUCAGUGGAAUAAAGGACCCAAACUUGA